CGCCCCGUCCGCUCGGCUCCGGCGCGGCGACGGCGGCCGCGCUUCCGCCUGGCGGGCCCGGCCCGGUGCGAGCGGCCCCACGAUGUGGCUGGGCCCCGAGGAGGUGCUGGUGGCCAACGCGCUGUGGGUGACGGAGAGGGCCAACCCCUUCUUCGUGCUGCAGCGGCGCCGCGGCCACGGCAAGGGCGGCGGCCUCACGGGUCUUCUUGUGGGCACCCUGGACGUGGUGCUGGACUCCAGUGCCCGCGUGGCCCCUUACCGAAUCCUGCACCAGACUCAGGACUCACAGGUCUACUGGACAGUGGCAUGCGGUUCUUCCCGCAAAGAGAUCACGAAACACUGGGAGUGGCUGGAAAACAACUUACUCCAGACACUGUCCAUCUUUGACAGUGAGGAAGAUAUCACCACCUUCGUCAAGGGCAAGAUACACGGCAUCAUCGCAGAAGAGAACAAGAACCUGCAGCCCCAUGGAGACGAGGACCCUGGAAAAUUCAAGGAGGCCGAGGUGAAGAUGCGGAAGCAGUUCGGGAUGCCCGAGGAGGAGAAGCUGGUCAACUACUACUCCUGCAGCUACUGGAAGGGCCGCGUGCCCCGGCAGGGCUGGCUCUACCUGACCGUCAACCACCUGUGCUUCUACUCCUUCCUGCUGGGGAAGGAGGUGAGCCUGGUGGUGCGAUGGGUUGACAUCACGCGGCUGGAGAAAAAUGCCACCCUGCUCUUCCCUGAGAGCGUCCGCGUGGACACCCGGGACCAGGAGCUCUUCUUCUCCAUGUUCCUCAACAUCAGCGAGACCUUCAAGCUCAUGGAGCAGCUGGCGAACCUGGCCAUGCGGCAGCUGCUGGACAGUGAGGGCUUCCUGGAGGACAAGGCGCUGUCCCGGCCCACCCGGCCGCACAGGAACAUCUCGGCCUUGAAGCGAGACUUGGAUGCCCGAGCCAAGAAUGAGUGGUACCGGGCCACGUUCCGGCUGCCCCAGGACGAGCGCCUGGACGGCCACACGGGCUGUACCCUGUGGACCCCUUUCAGCAAGCUGCAUAUUCCUGGCCAGAUGUUCAUCUCCGGCAACUACAUCUGCUUCGCCAGCAAGGAGAGGGAUGCCUGCCACCUCAUCAUACCCCUGCGGGAGGUGACCAUUGUCGAAAAAGCUGACAGCUCUAGUGUCCUGCCCAGCCCUGUGUCUGUUAGCACCAAGAGCAAAAUGACGUUCCUGUUUGCUAACCUGAAGGACCGAGAUUUCCUGGUUCAGAGGAUCUCUGACUUCCUCCAGAAAACACCAUCCAAGCAGCCGAGUGUCAGUGGAGUGGGGAGGAAAGCCAGCACUGUGGGCCCAGCCCCAGAGUCUUCCUCUGCUCCCCAGGAGGUGUCAGAGCGGCCCACCAGCCCAACGUCACCCCUCAGCGGCUGCCGGAGCUCACACGUGCAGGAGGCACCCACGACAUCCCAGGGCCUGCUUAAACUCUUCCAGAGAAAUGUGCCCAUGGAGGACCUAGGAGCCAAGGGGGCCAAGGAGAAGAUGAAAGAGGAGUCAUGGAACAUUCAUUUCUUUGAGUACGGGCGCGGCAUGUGCAUGUACCGCACAGCCAGAACACGGGAGCUGGUGCUGAAGGGCAUCCCCGAGAGCCUCCGGGGGGAGCUGUGGCUCCUCUUCUCUGGGGCCUGGAAUGAGAUGGUGACGCACCCCGGCUACUACACCAUGCUGGUGGCGGAGUCCAUGGGGAAGUACAGCCUGGCCACGGAGGAGAUUGAGCGAGACCUCUACCGCUCCAUGCCAGAGCACCCCGCCUUUCAGAACGAGCUCGGCAUCGCCGCACUGCGGCGCGUGCUGACUGCCUACGCUUACCGAAACCCCACCAUCGGCUACUGCCAGGCCAUGAACAUCGUCACGUCAGUGCUCCUGCUCUACGGCAGCGAGGAGGAGGCCUUCUGGCUGCUGGUAGCCCUCUGUGAGCACAUGCUGCCCGACUACUACAACACCAGGGUGGUGGGGGCCCUGGUGGACCAAGGCAUCUUUGAGGAGCUCACGAGGGACUUCCUGCCCCAACUGUCUGAGAAGAUGCAGGACCUGGGGGUGAUCUCCAGCAUCUCGCUUUCCUGGUUCCUGACCCUCUUCCUCAGCGUCAUGCCCUUUGAGAGUGCUGUGGUUAUUGUUGACUGCUUCUUCUACGAGGGCAUCAAAGUGAUCCUGCAGGUGGCCUUGGCCAUCCUGGAUGCCAACAUGGAGCAGCUGCUGGUCUGCAGCGACGAGGGCGAGGCCAUGACCGUCCUGGGCAGAUACCUGGACAAUGUGGUCAAUAAGCAGAGUAUUUCUCCUCCUAUCCCUCACCUGCAUGCCCUGCUGACCAGCGGAGAUGACCCUCCUGCAGAGGUGGACAUCUUUGACCUCCUGAAAGUGUCGUAUGAGAAAUUCAGCAGCCUGAGGGCCGACGACAUUGAACAGAUGCGGUUUAAACAGAGGCUGAAAGUGAUCCAGUCCUUGGAGGAUACAGCCAAGAGGAGUGUGGUCCGAGCUAUACCUGGGGACAUUGGUUUCUCAGUUGAAGAGCUGGAGGACCUUUACAUGGUGUUUAAGGCCAAGCACCUGGUGAGUCAGUACUGGGGGAGCAGCCACCCCGCGGCCAUGCGCCGAGACCCCAGCCUGCCCUACCUGGAGCAGUACCGCAUCGCCGCAAGCCAGUUCCAGGAGCUCUUUGCCAGCCUGACACCCUGGGCCUGCGGCUCCCACACACCUGUCCUGGCAGGACGCAUGUUCCGGCUCCUGGAUGAGAACAAGGAUUCACUGAUCAACUUCAAGGAGUUUGUGACUGGGAUGAGUGGGAUGUACCAUGGGGACCUGACAGAGAAGCUCAAGGCCCUCUACAAGCUGCACCUGCCCCCAGCCCUGCGCCCGGAGGAGGCCGAGUCCGCCCUGGAAGCCACCUGUUACUUCACAGAGGAGAGCCCCUCAGCAUCUCCUCUGGCCUCAGAUCUGGACCUUUUCCUGCCCUGGGAGACUGAAGAAACAAUACAGCAGGAGGAGCGAGAGGGAGCUGGACCUGAGGACGGCAGAGAGAAAAGAGGAGGUACAGGCAGGCCACCCCGUGCUGGGGCUGAGGAGAAGGAAACCAGCCCUCCUGACUAUCGGCACUACAUUCAAAUGUGGGCCAAGGAGAAAGAGGUUCAGAAGGAGACGAUUAAGGAUCUUCCCAAGAUGAACCAGGAACAGUUCAUUGAGCUGUGCAAGACGUUUUACAACAUGUUCAGUGAAGACCCCAUGGAGCAGGACUUGUACCAUGCCAUCGCCACAGUGGCCAGCCUGCUGCUCCACAUCGGCGAGGUGGGGAAGAGGUUUUCCACCCAGCCUGGCAGGAAGCCCCAGGACAGUGCCCCUGAGGAGGACGAGCCUCCAGCCUCUGGCCCCCCUCAGGACCCAGCCCCAGAGCUUCAGCCACCACCUCUGGGUGACCCCCAGGCCAGAGUGGACAGAGACACCCACCUUGGGAAAGUGCUGCAGGAGAGCCAGAUGGUGGGCGAAGGGGGCAGCGGCGAGGGCCGGGGCUCCCCAUCCCAGCUGCUGUCUGACGACGAAACCAAGGAUGACAUGUCCAUGUCCUCCUACUCGGUGGUCAGCACGGGCUCCCUGCAGUGUGAGGAUCUGGCUGACGACACAGUGCUGGUGGGUGGGGCUGCCCCCAGCCCCACGGCCACCACCCACCACGGGGGCACUGUCGACACUGACUGGGCCAUCUCCUUCGAGCAGAUCCUGGCCUCCAUCCUGACAGAGUCUGUUCUGGUAAACUUCUUUGAGAAGAAGGUGGACAUUGGACUCAAGAUCAAGGACCUAAAGAAGAUGGAGAGACAAUUCAGCACCUCCAGUGACCAUGAGCAGGCUGGGGCUGGGGCUGAGGGCUCUGCCAAGUGAGAGUUGUCCUCCCUUUUCCCUCCCAUUCUGUUUCUCUUUAAGGACACCCCCUCCAGUUAGUCUCCCCAGACGCAGUGGCUUAUACAUGGAAAGAAGCCUGAACAGCCACAUUUGGGCCCAGGCAGAGGCUCCCGAUCCCUGUUCCUGCCUGCCUGGUGGGACUGCCUUGGGCCCUGUAGUGUCAGGCUGUCCCACCUGCCCUGCUUGCCCAGUGUCUCUGUACCCCAUGCCGUGGCUAGGCCAUGCCUCAUCCUCCACUGUGGGUGCACUUCUAUGGCUGUGGGUUCUGGGGCUUUCCUGUCACUUGGCACCAGGCAGGGGGUCACAUGCCUGUUGGGCACCAAAGUGGUGGGCCAUUUGAGUGCUCACUAAGAGUGAGCUCCUGGGACAGAGGCAGAAAGCAUCUUGUGGCACUAGGGUGGGUGCCAUACAGCAUUACUCUAAAUGCUCUUUCAGUGUGUCAUCCUCACCAUUAACCUUAAAGCACAUCCCUCAGGUUCUGAUCCAUCCCUGUAUUCAUUUCAGUUGGCUAGAAAAUCACACUGUGCUCGAUGCCUUAAUAAAUCCCUGAAAUAAUUAAA